AUGACCUUAAAUCUUUGUGUACUGACCCCUAAUCGAAUACUUUGGGAUUCAGAAGUGAAAGAAAUCAUUUUAUCUACUAAUAGUGGACAAAUUGGCGUAUUACCAAAUCAAGCUCCUAUUGCCACAUCAGUAGAUAUAGGUAUUUUGAGAUUACACCUUAACGACCAAUGGCUAACGAUGGCUCUGAUGGGCGGUUUUGCUAGAAUAGGAGAGUUGUCUCGGCGUAGUGAAACUGCUUCUGUCCAUUUGGUGAGCAACUCUGUUGCUACUAAAAUGAAACAUUUUCCCCUCGAGGGAGUGGUUAUUUUCCUGAUGAAAUCGAGGGCACAAUUGGCCAAUAGUACCCCAGGGUCAUUAGGUGAUCAUAUAUCUUUGCGCCGCCAAUAUGUCCUGGGGCGUGGGCUUCCUCGAGAACCUGUUGCACAUCCGGAUGGAGAGGAUGGCCAUUAUAGCCCUUCCCUACUCACCUUCCUCCUUCUGCUCUUGCUUGCCACUCCAUUAAUUAUUAUCAAGCGUAAUUCAACGGAAGCUAUUCGAAAACUAUUGAACUUGCUCUGA